UAGUGUAUGUUCUCUCAUUCUAGUUUGAAAUCCGCCGGCGGACGGCUAACAAUAAAAUUAAAAAACCGUGGUGUACGUGUGUAAAUUUUAAAUAAUGUGAAGUACUGUUAUUAUUGCACUAUAUUUUGCGAUAUAUCUAAAGCCAUUGUUUAAAUUUAAAAAAAUUAAUUAUUUGAAUUCAUACACCGUCCUCAUUUGUAAUCCGGUUUUUAGCUCUAUUAUGACUUUAAUAGUGAGAAAAUGACUUUAAUUAUAACACCUGAACUUUAAAAAUUAAAACAUAUUAUUGUGCUUAAGUGCGUUUAUAGUGUAAAAGUAUUUAUUUUUACUUGGUUAAAUAAAUCAUAUAACUCUAGAAGACAAUUUUUCAUAAUUAAUUUCAUUAUACUACUUAUUUACUAGUCGUUAAAAAUGGGCGACAAGUCUUGCAAGAGCAGUGGACAAGAUGUCGAAGCUAACUCUUCUGUAAUAGACAAGGAAAAAUCAGAAGCCGUUGCAAAAGCAGUGCAUGGCCAUCCUGUUUCUGAACACCCUACUACAUACUGCGAGACUCUUAUGCAUCUUUUAAAAGGUAACAUAGGAUGUGGUAUGCUAGCAAUGGGAGAUGCUUUUAGAAAUGGUGGUCUUUUAAUGGCACCACUACUCACUGUUUUUAUCGGUACUGUCUGCAUUUACAACAAUCACAUAUUGUUAAAUGUUGCUCAUAAAUUGAAGAGCCGACUGAAACUGGAACAUUGCCCGACAUUUUCCGAAACAGUUGAGUUAUCAUUUGCUACUGGACCGAAACGGUUACAGAAACAUGCAGAUUUAUUUAGGACUACAGUUAAUGUAUUUGUUAUAAUUACUCAAUUGGGUUUUUGUUGUGUAUACAUAUUAUUUGUGUCUAGCUCAAUUAAACAAUUUUGUGAUGAAUAUGGAAAAGUAUUAGACAUUCACAUUCAUAUGGUGUUUGCACUAAUUCCAAUCAUGUCUUGUGCUAUGAUAAGAAAUUUAAAGUUUAUAGCGCCACUAUCCACCGCCGCGAAUAUUUCAAUGGCUAUUGGAUUAGGCAUAAUUUUAUCAUAUUGUUUAGUAGACUUACCACCAUUAGCUACUAGAACAGCGGUUGCACAUUGGUCACAAAUACCUUUAUUCUUUGGCACAGCUAUUUACGCUUUUGAAGGAAUCAGUCUAGUAUUACCUCUUCAAUUGGAAAUGAAAAAACCUAAUCGAUUUGCAUCAACUCUGGGUGUGUUAAACAUUGGUAUGACAAUUGUAACAUUUAUCAUUUUAACAAUGGGAUUUGUUGGCUUCUGGAGAUUUGGUGAUGAUGUUAAAGGCAGCCUUACACUCAAUCUUCCACCAACAUUAAUUUUAUCUAAAAUUGUUGUUGGUUUGAUGGUGUUUGCGAUAAUUUGCACUUAUACUCUACAAUUCUAUGUACCUGUUGCUAUAUUAUGGCCAUCUGUACAAGAAAAGUAUGGACCAUUCCAAUCACCAGCUUUAGCUGAAUACCUCCUACGAGCAGCUCUAGUUUUUGCAACAUUUAUUGCAGCUGAAGUAAUACCUCAUUUGGCAUUAUUUAUAUCAUUAGUAGGAGCAAUUGCAAGUACGUUUUUGGCUCUAAUAUUUCCACCGAUUUGCCAUAUGGUUGUAUGGAAAGAAGAAGGAUUUGGAGCUUAUAAGUGGAAACUUCAAAUGGAUAUUAUAACAAUUAUCUUAGGUUUGCUAGGUUUUGUAACUGGUACCUACUUUAGUUUACAUGACAUAAUAGUUGCUUUUAGCAAAGAUUUUGGUUUUCAUCAAUGAAUAAAAAUUAAUAAAAACUUUUUUAGUUAUAGGAAAUGCACCAUUUUGUGUUUUUACUCAAUAACACAUUGAUUAUUGUGUAAUUACACUAUAAAAAUAAAUUAAGUUUUAUAAAUAAUUAUCAUAUCACAUUUAAUUUCUUAUAAAAUUUAGCCUUAUAAUAUUAAUUCUGUAAAUUAUUAACAUUAUUGUCAAAUACAAUAUAAAUUAAAUAAAUA